UUAAUUGAAAUGGUGCUGAUGAUUAUUCGAAAAUGAAGAGAUAGCGGCAACUUAAUACUCAAAACGUGCACCCACCAUUUUUCAAUUAUCCGCAAUUUAACUGACUUCCCAUUUUGGUAAAUGUGAGCAUCCGUAACCUUUAUGCAAACUUUAUAUAGAUUAUUUGGGUGUUUUUAAACAAUUUAAACAUUUUACAGCUAUCGUUCUUUUCUGUCAUUUUUUCUUUGUAUUUAUAAACUUACUUAACCUGUGACGUGUCUGUACAAAUACAAAAGAACGCGUCGAAUUACAUUCGCUCUUUUUACCAUUCAGUUACGAGUUUACGUCAUUCUUUUGCUUAUCAUAUUCAAUACAGUCACUCAUUCUAUCGAUCGCCAAAUUACACAAAAAAACCUCAAUUCCUGCGUUGUGGGUAGAAAACAUGGUGCAAGACGACAAACUAGAGCUGAAGACAGAGUUUGAACAGGAGGAGGAAAUUUACUGCUGCGAGGAUUUCAGAAAAGCCGAUCCUCCACUUUGCAAAGUGUGCGGUGAUAUUGCUUCCGGAAAACACUAUGGCACUUUGUCGUGUGAGGGGUGCAAGGCUUUUUUUAAACGAUCGAUCAAGAGCAAACCAACUACCGAGUGCAAGCAAUUGUCUAAGAGAGCCCAGAAACCUCCGGUACGAAUUGUAAAUGGCCAAACAAAAUGCGUGAUUGACAAGCAUACGAGAAAUGAUUGCCAAAAGUGUAGAUACGAGUUGUGUGUCGAAAAUGGAAUGAGUAAAAAUAAUCUCUCUAAGUACAAAAGCAAUAAAGCCAAAAGAGUAAAAAUCGAUCAUUCAGCACCAUCUUCAUCUUCGGCAGGAUCCAGUGCGGAGGGCCAGCCAAGUGUCGAAGAAUUCGACGAGUGUGCGAAAAACGAGGCUGAUACUGAUCUUUGUAGCGAUGACUUGCAGUUAAUUGGGGAACUGACUAGUAUCGAAGCAGACAAGAUCCCUCAAGACCUGCCGAUGCCAGACGGAGAACUGCCUUCUUCAGUCAAUCAAGAAAAAGCGGUUCUGUUUUUAUCAGCUUAUGAGGAAUUGAAAGAUGUGAUUCAAUGGGCCAGGAAAGUUCCAGACUUUGUGGAAAUUCCGCCAGUUGAUCAAAGCUCCAUACUAAAAAAUUGUUUCCUGGACAUCGUCGUACUGCGAUUGGCUUGGCGUUCGGCUGCCUGCGACAACAAAAUCCGGUUUACAAUCGGGAAGUUUUUAUCAAUUGAUGAAGGUCGCGAAAUUGGCAUGGAUAUGGAACUUUUAGAGAUGACACUAUUCUACAUACAACAUGUCAAGGGAAUAGGUUUGGAUAUGACUGAGUUUUCUCUCCUACAAGUUAUACUUUUGACGUUUGCUCGGUGCGAAAACAUUCAAGGCACCAGUCAAAUAAUUGCUACUAGGAUCCAGAACCGAGUGAUGAGAGUUCUGCGAGAUUACGUCAAGAGUAAGUUUCCGAAUCAACCCCUGAGGUAUUGCAAAAUCAUUCAACUAAUAUCAUCAAUUCGAGGAAUUAGCAUCAAGGCAAUGGACGCUUUCUUAUCAGACGCUGUUAAUGGUAUUAUAUUGCUGAAUGAACAUGUUGUGUCCAUGGUUACGUAAAUUUUUUGAAAUAACUUUAUUGAUUUCGACAAAUUACUACUUGACUUCAAACGUUUUAUAAAUCUAAGUCUUGUGAACUCUCAUAAAUGAACGUUUUGGAAAAUUUUUUAUCAUUGUCAUUACUUAAGUACUUAUGCAUGAUGUAUUUAAAAAGCAAUAUUCGCUGUGCGAAGGCAUGCUAUUGAUAUUGUAUGAGCGAACUGCUGAAAUAAAUUUCGCAAAAGUUUCGUAGAAA